AUGGCCUCCAACACGAGCCUGAGUGCAGUAUACACCGCCCCUCAAUCCACCGAGACCUUUGAACAUGUGAUCUCAACCACAACCGGAACACUAGCGGCUAAGCAAGCCCACCUCCUAGCGUUACAGUCGCUCGUGCCCAAGUUGCAGGAUCAAAUCAACAUAUUCCUUACGGAGCGCAUGGAAGAAGACAAGAAGUCACAGGGCCAGCUCUCUGCACAGGAAGUUAAGGAGGAGGAAAAUUACGGAGAGGAGUUGGUUGAGGACGAUGCAUAA